AUGACAGGACACGUUGCUCACGACGGUCAAGCUGCUGGAGCGGCAGGGGGAGCGCCAGGUGGUGACGGUCGUCAACCCUGGAAGAAGCAGGACCGCUCUGAAGAGUCGAAGGCCCGUCGGAAGGAGAAGAACAGGGCCAAGCGAAAGGCAGACCGAAGGCUCGCGGCAGAGGUUCGGGCGCAGCGAGCACAGGAGCAGGCCCAAGACCAGCGCCAGGUGCAGCGCCAGGUACAGCCUCAAUCCGGGCUCCAGGUGCUUACACAAGUACUUUCCACCGACGAACAUGCCAGACAUCUCCUUGGUAUUGGCUUCGCGAUGGGGAUGGCAGCCACUCACGCUACCUCACUACCCCAGGCACCCCAACGAGGUCGAGCAGCAGCUCGGGGCCGAGACAACACUCGCGGUAGUCGGGGCCGAUACUACCCUCGCGGUAACCGUCGUGGUAGUCGAGCCCGUGGCCAAGGGGACAACAGGAUGCCCCAGGAGAGCGUUGGAGCCUCUGGCUCUACCCAACAUGGUAAUGCCAUGGCUGACAACCAACCCCAAGGGCCAUCACAAGCCGGUCCUUCCUAA